UUCCGGUUUUAGCUGGAAAAUUGUGUUUUUCGGUUUUAGCGGGAAAAUGCGAUUUUUCGGUUUUGGCGAAAAAAUGCGUUUUUCCAGUUUUGGCGGGAAAAUGCUUUUGCGGUUUUGGCGGGAAAAUGAGUUUUUUCAGUUUUGGUCGAAAAGUGCAGUUUUACUGGUUUAGCCGAAAAAUGUGUUUUUAUGAAAAUGUGUGUUUUAUGUUUUUUUUUUGCUGAAAAACGCAUCUUGCGGUUUUAGCGAAAAAUUGUGUUUUUCAGUUUUUGCGAGAAAAUGCAUUUUUUAGUUAUAGCGGAAAAAUAUAUAUGCAAAAAAUAGAAUUUACGGUUUGAAAAUAAUAUUUUGAUUUUAAAAGGUCAUUUUUGUCAUUUAUCAUUUUUGACUGAACUAGAUGCAUCUGCAUCCAGAUGCACCAUCAAGACUCACCUUCAUUUGGGUGAAAGUUUGAAAUAAGUUUUUAAAAAUUCUGUUGGGUGAUCCAUAUGGAUGUAGCAUUAUAAUGCACAAAACAAACAUCAAUUUACUUCUUUACCCAGAUGGAUCACCUGGGUGAACAAACGAACAUGGCCUUAAUCUAAUUUUGUUUAGGCCUAUUGAAAGGGAGUUUUAUGGUUGUUUGUUGUAUCAUAUUAUUAUUCAUAAAGAGAGUUUUUCAUAGCUACCUUUUUCUAUUUUCAUAAGAAAAAUAUUCCAUUUUUAUUUGUGAGGAAAAAAUAUCAUUUUCUUUCUCGUGUAUCUUUAUACAUAUCGGUCAUCAAUUGGUUCAUCGAUUGGUCUCGGAUUACAGUAAUUUUUUUAAAUAUGGAUAUUUUUAAAAUUUUAAAUCGAAUUUUUGGAUCACUGGAUUAACCGAUUUGAUCACGGGUUUGGAUCAAAUUUAAAAACGUUGAUUAUAAUGUAAAAAUAUUUUAAAUACAAAUUAGCAAAAUAUUUAUUAAGUUAUCAGUAAAAAAAUUAGUCAUAAAAUAAUCUGUUAAGAUCUAGUUUUCUUAUUAUUCGUAAGUCAUUUCUUUGUCAACUGAAAAAUAUUUAUUAUUUUCGCAUUAGUUAUUAUAAUUAAGUCUUAUUUAAUUUCAAAAAAAAAAAAAUUGUAAUACAAAAUUUUGCUGUUUUUCUAUAUAUAAAAAGGACACUGAAAAGGUGGAAAAAACUGGUCUUCGACAGGACAGCUCAGGUCCUCUUGCUGCUGCAAACUUGUCCAAAGAAAAACCUCAGAAAUUUGAUAAAGUUUCAGUCUUUCCUCCUUCCUCCCAACAUUCGUUGAUUUUUCCACAAGGAUAAACGCGAUUAACAGAUAAGCCACCUUCAUCUUUCAGCUCCAACACUCUCAAGAAGCAAAUGAAAGGGGCAAGUGUCAAGAAGAAAACCCAUGUUGUGAAUGACGCUGGUGAGGCUGAAACAGUCGGAGGAAGCGGGAAAAGAAGUGGAGGAGACGGCAGUGAAGAUGGAGCGUCGAUUCUUGGCGAGAUGGGUGAUGAUGACAUGCGUACGGAGGAUGGGGAAGAAGAAGAAGAGGAUGAAGAAGAAGGAGGAGAAGAAGAAGCUAAAGAGGAGAGGUCAAAGCUAGAUGAAGGCUACUUCGAAAUCGAAGCUAUUCGCCGUAAGAGAGUUAGAAAAGGGAAGGUGCAGUAUCUAAUUAAAUGGCGGGGAUGGCCUGAAACUGCCAACACAUGGGAGCCUCUAGAGAAUCUACACUCUAUUGCUGAUGUUAUUGAUUCAUUUGAAGGAAGUUUGAGGCCAGGGAAGCCUGGUAGGAAGAAGAAGCGCAAAUACGCAGGUCCUUAUUCUCAGCUGAAGAAGAAGCAGCAACGUUUUGGUUAUGAUGCUGCUGAGAAGUCUGAGUCUUCUACAUCUCUUAACAACUCUAGCCUCCCUGGUAUUCGCGGUCCACUCGACCUCAGUGGCUAUGUAGCCACCACCAACCAAGGUGAAGCUAACAGUGGGAGUGUUGGUAUGGUCAGACGAGUUAGUUUGAAGGAAUAUGAUCCGACGCUUAAUGAGUUAAGGGGACCAGGCAUUGGUUGUGAAGGUGAUAGUGUAAGAGCAAAUGGGUUUCUCAAGGAGUUUGAUAAGAACAGUGGUUUCAUAGGUGCUAAGCGGAGAAAGUCUGGUUCUGUGAAAAGAUUCAAACAAGACGGAACCACAAGUAACAACAACAACAACCACACUACAGAUCAGAAUCUGACACCAGAUUUAGACUCUUUUGGUAGAAUGGUAGAACCACAUCACAAUAACAAUCUGUCUCAGAAAAGCAAAGCGGAGGAAUUAGACAUUGUGAGGAUCAUCAAGCCAGUGAGAUUCUCUUCAUCUAUAACAAACAAUGUACAAGACGCGUUGGUGACCUUUUCGGCGUUGAGGUCUGAUGGGAAGGAAGUAACGGUAGACAACAGGUUUCUCAAGGCUCACAAUCCUCUUCUGCUGAUUGAAUUCUACGAGCAACAUCUCAAGUACAAUCCCGAAAGAUAAGAAUUUGUUUGUACACAGCACUUUGUAGGUAGCAAAAAAGAUUAGAAGAUCAACGUGUAGAGUCGAGGUAGUGGCAAGUUGUUUUUUUAUCUUCUCUGGUUCGUUAUUGUCACUUAGACUUGGUGCUUUUCUUGAGCUGAGAUUUUGUUAAACUUGCAUGUUCAAAGAUCAAAAAAUAUAUAUAUCUAACGCAUGAAUACAAAGUUACAGCAAA